AUGCAUCGCCAAUCCGUUGUGCGGCUGGCUCGCCAGUAUGGAGCCUUCCCGCUGGCUGAAUUACCGCCGCCGUAUCUUGCGCCCUCCCUUCACUUCCCCCUGAACCGGUCGUCAGUCCAGAGCUCGAACUUUUCUUCCACCGCACCGGCUGCUGGCAAAGGUCGCGACCUGAACAAAGCCCGUGCUGUAUCUGCAAUCCACCGGACCGGACCGAGAUUCAGAUUGGGCGCAUCGAAAUACCCAUUGCCCAAGCCUGUUUCGCCCGAAAAGCUUGAGAAACGCGAGUCUUCCCCGAACCAUGGGCUAUGGGGCUUCUUCCCCAAGGAUCGUCAGCCACUGAGCACGCCGGAAUAUGACAAUGCGCACGGUCGGUCGUGGUCCAUCCAAGAACUCCGCGAAAAGUCCUGGGAGGACCUCCACUGUUUGUGGUGGGUCUGUGUCAAGGAGCGCAAUCGCAUAGCCACUUCCAACCUCGAAAGGAAGCGCCUGAAGGCAGGUUACGGAGAAUGGGAAGCUCAACAGCGGGCUCAAGUGAUCCGUGUUACGCAGAAUGGUAUCAGGCACGUCCUUCGUGAGAGGUGGUAUGCUUGGGAGGAUGCUCAGAAGCUCUACGAGAAGGGAUACCGCCCCCAAAACGAGGAUAGCGAAGAGUCGGCAUAA